AUGCCACAGUUGGACCUGUCCUGCCUGCGAUGGAGCCUGGAGGCAUCCUCACUGUGGCUGCUUGUGCUGCUCAUCGGAGCUUCCUGGAUCUUGGCCCGUGUCCUAGCUCAGACCUAUUCCUUCUAUGGCACAUAUCAUCAUCUUUGUGGUUUCCCUCAGCCCCCCAAACGGAGUUGGUUCUUGGGCCACCUGGGCAUGGUCACCCCCACCGAGCAGGGUCUGAGGGAGGUGACUAAGCUGGUGGCCACCUACCCCCAGGGCUUCAUGACAUGGAUGGGACCCAUCCUCCCCAUAAUCACUCUGUGCCACCCUGACAUCAUUCGAGCUGUCCUCGGUGCUUCAGCUGCAGUCGCCAUCAAGGAAGUAGUCUUCUACACUUUCCUGAAACCCUGGCUGGGGGACGGGCUUUUGCUGAGUGCUGGUGACAAGUGGAGCCGCCACCGUCGCAUGCUGACACCUGCCUUCCAUUUCAACAUCCUGAAGCCCUAUGUGAAGAUAUUCAAUGACAGCACCAACAUCAUGCAUGCCAAGUGGCAGCGCCUAACCUCAGGUGGCAGUACCCGUCUGGACAUGUUUGAGAACAUCAGCCUGAUGACCUUGGACAGUCUGCAGAAAUGUGUCUUCAGCUUUGAUAGCAACUGCCAGGAGAAGCCCAGUGAGUAUAUUUCCACCAUCUUGGAACUCAGUGCUUUAGUGAACAAACGGUACCAGCAGCUGCUUCUACACAUAGACUCACUUUAUCAGCUCACCCCUAAUGGGAUGCGCUUCCAUAAGGCCUGCCGUCUGGUGCAUGACUUCACAGAUGCUGUUAUCCAGGAUAGACGACGUGCUCUCCCCAGUAAGCAUGGUGAUGAUGUUCUCAAGGCCAAGGCCAAGUCCAAAACUUUGGACUUCAUUGAUGUGCUGCUGCUGGCCAAGGAUGAAGAUGGAAAGGAGUUGUCAGAUGGGGACAUCAGAGCAGAGGCUGACACCUUCAUGUUUGAGGGCCAUGACACCACAGCCAGUGGGCUCUCCUGGACACUGUACAACCUGGCGAGGCAUCCAGAAUACCAGGAGCGCUGCCGGCAGGAGGUUCGGGAGCUGCUGAGGGACCGAGAGUCUCAGGAGAUUGAGUGGGACGACCUGGCCCAGCUGCCCUUCCUCACCAUGUGCAUCAAGGAGAGUCUGCGGCUGCACCCUCCGGUCACAGUCAUCUCCCGCUGCUGCACCCAAGAUAUUGGGCUCCCAGAUGGCCGGGUCAUCCCUAAAGGUGUCGUCUGCAUCAUCAAUAUUUUCGCGACCCAUCACAACCCAACUGUGUGGCCUGACCCUGAGGUCUAUGACCCCUUCCGCUUUGACCCAGAGAAUGUCAAGAACAGGUCACCUCUGGCUUUUAUUCCCUUCUCUGCUGGGCCCAGGAACUGCAUAGGACAGACUUUCGCCAUGAACGAGAUGAAGGUGGCAUUGGCGCUGACACUGCUGCGUUUCCGCGUCCUGCCUGACAAGGAGCCCCGCCGGAAGCCGGAGUUGAUCCUGCGCGCAGAGGGAGGGCUGUGGCUAAGAUGGCCUCCAUUAGCAACCCAGGCUCCUGGUACACAGGAUGUCCUGUCCUCUGACACCUCCUCCUCCACUGCAGUGGUCAACACCUUGUCAUGCAAAUAA